GGUCUACCCCAGGUAGCCAUGCAUCUCAUCCCACUCCUGAGCGUAUGGCUGUCAAUAUUAGACACAGCACAAAGCGCAGAGUCGUCAGCAGGCCCAGUGUUGAGAUCUAAUGGAAAUGGCACAUCAACAACAAUAAAAACAACACCAUCCUCACCGGCAGAGUUCAUCCUGCACCAUGCUAUCGCAUCAAAGUUAGCUUCCGGCCCUGCGAGCGGCGUUCGAAAGAUGAGCGCAGACGAAGGCGAGAAAUUCUUCUUUGAGGAUUGGUAUUUCGAGAAUCAGAAUGGGAAUUCAGACUCAGCGAGUGGAUUGCGAUUACGGGGUCGGGAUUUGUAUCAUCGGGAUUGGAAUGGGAGUAGUAGUCUCUCUACAGAACCCGAUACCGAAGAUGGUGAGGAAGAUGAAGAUGAAUACGACUACACAUCCGCCCAAUUCAUCGCUCAAUCAUUCCCAUUCGAGCCUUCUUUCUCUCAACUCUCAGGCGGGAGCUCGAACUCGGACUCGGACUCGGACACAGACUCGGCUUCUGAUGCGCUGUUCCGUCUCGAAGCGCGAAACUUCGAAUGUCCUAGUGGUACAUCGGCAUGUACAUCCAUCGGCCGAUCCGAUCGCUGUUGCGGCUCUGGAGAGACGUGUCAGAUUGUCACUGAUACCGGACAUGGAACUGUCGGGUGUUGUCCUAGUUGGAAGAAAUGUUCGGGGAUGAUUGGGUCGUGUGCGAGUGGGUAUUCGGCUUGUGCUUCGGCUCUUGGGGGUGGGUGUUGUAUUCCUGGGUAUGAUUGUGUGGCUGGGGGGUGUAAGUACUUUUUUUUCAUAUAUCUCUACUCUAUCGCGAAGGGUGAUAUACGGCGGAUAUGUGGAUGGAAGAUGCUAAUUUGGGUCUGUCCGGUGCCGAGUACUGUCACCUCUUCAACUUCGUCUUCAACAUCGACAUCAAAGUCAAGUCAAACAACAGCAACCGAAACAACAGACAGUCUAGCUCCACCCGCUCGACCAACGAACCGAUCGACAGCAACAAGCGUAACUACCGGCGACGACGUCUGUCCUACAGGAUUCUACGCCUGUUCCGCCGUCUAUCACGGAGGUUGUUGCCGCACAGGCCGCAACUGUGAUACGACCUCAUGCCCAACCACAUCUUCUACAACUAUGACAUCGAACGGUGUGACGAUCGUUGCGCCUGUUGCUUCUACAACAGAGAACGCUGGCGGCAGUGGGAGCAGAAACCGCUGUGCCAAUGGCUGGUUUAGCUGUGCAGAUACUGUCUCCGAGCCUCCGCCCAUCAUGUCCGACGCUCCCCAGAAGCCCCUUCCCUUCGUCUACCAGUUCGCCGCCGGCGCGGUGGCUGGUGUGUCCGAGACUCGAAUUCAACUCCAGACCAAGACCGCUAUUGCCGGUGCUGAGCACUACAAUGGCAUGUUCGAUUGCUUCCGCAAGAUUGUCAAGCACGAAGGUGCUUCCCGUCUAUAUCGUGGUAUCUCCGCCCCCAUUCUGAUGGAAGCUCCCAAGCGUGCGACCAAGUUCGCCGCCAACGACAGCUGGGGCACCUUCUACCGUGGCCUAUUCGGCGUUGAGAAGCAGACCCAAGGCCUGGCUACCCUGACCGGUGCCACAGCCGGUGCCACCGAGGCAUUCGUCGUCGUUCCCUUCGAGCUCGUCAAGAUUCGUCUGCAGGACAAGGCCCAGGCUCACAAGUACAACGGCAUGUUCGAUGUUGUGAAGAAGAUCGUCGCCCAGGAAGGUCCCAUGGCCCUGUACAACGGUCUCGAAUCGACAAUGUGGCGCCACAUCCUCUGGAACGCUGGUUACUUCGGCUGUAUCUUCCAGGUCCGCGCUCAGCUUCCCGCCGUCGAGCCCGGUAACAAGAGUCAGCAGACCCGCAACGACCUGAUCGCCGGUACCAUCGGUGGUAUUACCGGUACCGUCCUCAACACCCCCAUGGAUGUCGUCAAGUCUCGUAUCCAGAACACCUCCAAGGUCGCCGGCCAGACCCCCAAGUACAACUGGGCCUGGCCCGCCAUUGGCACCGUUAUGAAGGAGGAGGGCUUUUCCGCUCUGUACAAGGGCUUCACUCCUAAGGUUCUGCGUCUCGGACCCGGUGGUGGUAUCCUGCUCGUCGUCUUCACCGGUGUCAUGGACUUCUUCCGUGGCAUGCGUGGCGAGUAA